AUGCAAAGAUCCAUUUUACGCCGCCUUGUUCCUGCUACUGCUCGCAGUUCCUCGUCAGCUAGUCCCUUGCCACGUCACUUUGAUUUGAACGACCCAGUGAGGCAAACGAAUCUCUUUAUCAACAAUGAAUUUGUGCCUUCUUCGAAUGGUGCAACCUUUGAUACUUUUAAUCCUGCGACUGAGGAAAGAAUUGCGUCUGUGGCCGAAGCCACUCCUGCUGAUGUUGAUGCUGCUGUUAAAGCGGCUCGAGAUGCUUUUAAUGGUACAUGGCGUACUAUUGACGCUGUAGAGCGAGGCCGUCUAAUCUACCGUUUAGCAGAUCUUAUCGAGGAGAAUGGUGACGAGUUAGCCGACCUCGAAUCGCUCGAUGCUGGCAAACCGCGGUCUCUCACACGCUUCUUAGAUGUUGAAGCCUGUAUCAACACGCUUCGAUACUUUGCCGGUUGGGCAGACAAGAUUCAUGGUAGUACAAUUCCGAUUCCAGGACCUUAUUUAUGCUACACCAAGGAAGAACCGGUGGGUGUAUGCGCCCAAAUCACUCCGUGGAACUUUCCAUUGAUUAUGACAUCCUGGAAAUUGGGUCCUGCAUUAGCUACUGGCAACACUGUGGUGCUUAAGCCUGCGAAGCAGACGUCACUUACGGCAUUACGCGUUGCUGAACUUAUUGUUGAAGCGGGUUUUCCAGAAGGAGUAGUAAAUAUUGUUACGGGUGGCGGUUGUACUGUCGGUGCUCACCUCACACAACACUCGGAUGUAGACAAAGUCGCACUUACGGGCUCUACCGAGACAGGACUAAAGGUCCUACGUACAUCGCACGUGGAUAAUAUCAAGCGCAUCAGUCUUGAGCUUGGCGGCAAGUCUGCUAAUAUCAUUCUCGAUGAUGCUGAUAUUGAUGCUGCUAUCCGACAAUCACAGGUUGGUCUGUUUUUGAAUGCUGGCCAGGUGUGUAUCGCCGGUAGCCGCGUGUACGUACAGGAAGGUAUUUAUGAUGAAUUCGUCCGUCGAUCCGGUGAAGCUGCUUCAUCUAUGAAGAUUGGUGAUCCACAAGAUCUGUCUGUCCAACAUGGCCCACAGAUCGACGAUGUUCAGUUUAAGAAAAUUCUGGCUUAUAUCGAGACGGGAAAGAAAGAAGGUGCUCGUUUAAUCUGUGGUGGAAAGCGUUGGGGUAACAGAGGGUUCUAUAUUGAACCAACUGUGUUCGCUGAUGUGACGGAAGAGAUGACUAUUGCUCGUGAAGAGAUUUUUGGUCCCGUUAUGUCGAUUAUCAAGUUUAAAACCAUUGACGAGGUGAUUGAACGAGCCAACAAUUCCGAGUAUGGUCUAGGUGCUGGUGUAGUCACAUCCAGCCUCGACAAUGCGAUCAAGAUUUCAAAUAGUGUGCGGGUCGGCACUGUGUACGUGAAUUGCUACACGGUCAUUGAAGCCAACACGCCAUUUGGUGGCUUUAAGAAUUCAGGCGUUGGUCGCGAACAGGGAAUGCAAGGUCUUCGCAAUUAUCUUGAAAGCAAGACUGUCAUUAUCAAAACGCCGUGA